AUGCAGUUGGCGAAUGAUCGUCACGGGAACCUGGAUAUGUACUACGCUGGUGACGCGACUUGGGCUCUCGUCAACAGUUCCCAAGCGUUACCUGUGAAAGCGGCUCCAGCGCCAGCUGGCACACUACCACCUUCGUCAAGAGCACCAUCUGUAGUGCUGUCACCAGUAGUGGUGGCUCCACAGGCUGUUCCUGUUCAGAAGAAUAAACGCAAUCGACUGCAGGAAUGGAAAGAAAAGUACAGCGCUCACAUCUCUUGGCAAGCUCCAGAGCAAUAUCGAGGAGGGCAGCAGAACCCAGUUCGUGUCGAUAUGAAGGCAGAGGAAGAGCAGGUUCGGCUACAUAUGCAAGGUGCCAUGCCAUUCAAAGGGAACUACAUUAGUUACUACGAUUUCAAAACGAAUCGCGUUGCCGUUAUUGACGAGACGUUGAAAAGCAACAGCAAGAUGUGCUUUGUGAUGCCACUAGACCGAUCGAAUUUACGCGAUGCGGAUACGAUGCGGCGAGCUGCCGGAAGAGCAUCACACAAAUUGUCACAAAGCCAGGGAUGGGAUGAAAGCUGGCAGUAUUUGCCAGCGCCAAUGACAAUGAAUGGUCAACAGUUGUUCAAUCCACCUAUUCCUGAAUGCGAAGGGGCUCGAUGGGUUCAGUUGGACUACGUGACCAGCAAUCAAAAGAAUCGAAAAUGUUCUGAUUGCUACGAUUUCUGCUUGCCUGACUACGGUAUUGAGAAAGAUGUGUUGCGCGGAGAAGAGCUGCUGAAUAUCGUCAAGCGAGUCUGCUUCUAUCUAUUCGUGCCCGAAUGGAGGACAUACGCUCAGGCUAAUACCAUUGAGCAG